UCAGUCUCUUUUUCUCAGAAACAAGGGGCUGUCAGAGAGGGAGUACGCUGUGCUGCAGCUCUCUGCCACAAUCAACAACUAUGUGAUUUUACCAGAUUAGCAAGACUGAAUCAAAGUUUUACUCCACACGGAACCACCGAGUCACUUCCAGCGGGUGUUUCGGAUCGAAUGGUUUGGAAAUGUUUUCUUAAAUUGUUGCUAGCUAACUGGUUAGCUCUCUGGUUAGCUUGAAGUUUGGACCGUCUUGCUAACUAAUUGGCACUCUCCGACCCGAAAUUCAACCUAAAUCCACCACGAGGCAAUAACGACCGCGGGAUUUAUAGAAAUUGGACAGCUAACGAUGGAGUCGAUAAAUGUUUUUAGCAGCGCCAGUCCUGUUAAUACUGGUUUUACGAGUAGGCCCGACGGGAUCCCCGGGCUUUCCUCGCUCUCUCUGCCCGAGCUGAACUCCAAGAACUCGCACUGCAGGAAUCUCUUCUCCCCUGGACCCGCGACUGUCCUGUCGCCUGUCACCAAUUUGGCUCUGGACAUGAACAAUUUAGCUGGACUUGGCAGCCACUGUGAUACCCCGAAAAGGAGAAAGCAUGCACCCCUUGAAAAGGUUCCCUCCUUUGCCUCUGACGUCUCAUCUGAUGCUGGCCUCGGCAUGGAUCCCCCAAGCCCCAUGGAUGCUGUUGAAGUUGAAGACACAUUUGAAAAGGCCAUUCAGCAGUCAAGCCGAGUUGUCAACGAGAGGAUACCAAUCCGAAGAAUCAACUCAUUGCCACUCCAGCUCCUGGGCUUCAGUCCGUCUCUGAAGGGACAGGAAACAGAUUCUCACCGCUACGGAAUAUUCGGCCAACAACCCUCCCAAAUAAAUGCUGCCUCCUCCUCUCAACACGACAACAAAGAGAACAUGCCGGAGGAGGGCUUUGAAUUCAAGAAACCAACCAAGCCGGCGUCGCGGUGUCGUGUGCGCUCCUUCAACAGCGGACAGUCCAAGGACGCGUUUGCUCGCCGCCCCAGCUCAGCACCAGCCCUCAUGCUUUCCUCACCUCCUCCAAUCCAGCAGCUCCACUUUUAUGACUCCAGCCCCAUGUUCCUGAGACGGUCCUCCCUCACCUCCUCUCUGAACGACGACGAUGACGACGGAUUUUUGGAAGUACUGGACGACAACAUGGAGAACGACUCUGGGAUGCCGAUGGGAAUGGCCAGCUUGCUCACUGCUCCACUGGUGUCUGACAGUACAGGAGAAGACUCUCCUGUGAUUCGCUGUCGGCCACGAAGCCUGUUCCGUUCGCCCUCCAUGCCCAGUCCGGUCUCCCGUCCCUCCGUGAAGCGCCCUGACUGCCCCGCAGAUGAAAACACACCGGUCAGGGUGAAGAGACGGCGCAGCCUGGCAGGAACACAAGUCACCAUCCUGGAGCAAAACCCCGAAUCCCCACGGAUGGGCUGUUCCCUGCUCCAGAGGUCCAAAUCCUUCUGUCAGACAGAGAUUGAGAAGCUGCUGGACGGUGAGGACGGCUCUAAUGAGCUAAUUGGAGAUUUCACCAAGCCAUUUGUAUUACCCACAGUGGACGGCAAACACCAAGACCUCAAGUACAUUACCUCAGACAUUAUGGUGGCAGCUCUGACUGGCCAGUUUAACCAUCUAGUUGAACGAGUCAUUGUCAUCGACUGCCGCUACCCCUACGAGUUUGAGGGAGGACACAUCAAGGGAGCCCUGAACCUGCACCAGGAGGAACAGGUGGAGGAUUUCCUCCUGAAGACCCCCAUCGUCCCGUCCUGCCCAGAGAAACGAGUCGUCAUUGUCUUCCACUGCGAGUUCUCGUCGGAGCGCGGCCCCCGGAUGUGCCGCUUUGUCAGGGAGCGAGACCGCGCCAUGAACGACUACCCCAUACUCCACUACCCCGAGCUCUACAUCCUCAAGGGCGGAUACAAAGACUUCUUCCCUGAUUUUCAGUCACAAUGUGAACCUCAGUCCUACCGGCCCAUGCACCACGAGGACUUCAAGGAGGACCUUAGGAAGUUCCGCCUCAAGAGUCGCACCUGGGCCGGGGAGCGCAGCAAGAGAGACAUGUACAGCCGACUGAAGAAGCUCUGAUCGCCUCCUCGUCCUCACAAAACUGCCUCUAACACACACUGCCUCCCCCCAACCCCCUCUUCCUCCCCCCGAACAGAUUUGAGAGCAAAUUUCUCUCCGAGCCCGAGGCCUCGCCCCGCCAGUUUUUGGGAUUGCACCAGCAGAACAGGGAUUUUCUGAAGUCCCGAAAGUUUCAUUUUAAUUGUAACAAAAGUUGGUUAUUUAUGCAAAUUUAAAGAGGGAAAGAUGUGAAAUGAUGAACCCUUGACUGUAAAAGAAGUCUCUGAGGUGCAGUGAAAAGAUUUCAUUAAGAUGAUCUGAAGCAAUGUGAUUGUUUUAAAAACCACUCGGACCUGCCGCCUGUUUUACCUUUGUCAUUAUGCCGGCGUAAGCAAACACAAAUCACUGCCAGGUUUCUAACAACUCAACCACACUGCCACAUCUGAAGUUUGUCUUUCAGUCUCCUCACUGGAUAUUUUUGGUUUGUUAUUUUUAUUUUUUAUUUUGCAUUUGUCAUGUUCCACCUUAUUUAAGCACUUAAUUUAAAAACCUGAAAUGGUGAGGUGCUUUUUUUUUAAUACAGUUUUUUUGAAUCUUGCUUUUAAUGAAUUUUGUUGACCCCUGUUUAAACAUUGUUGUGAAAGCAUGCCUUUUUCUAGGCGUCCCAAAAAGCUAAUUGGAUAUUUACUGACAACCUGUAAAAGUGUAAGAGCUUUUUUUCAUCUUCUUCCUGAGCAGUUGCAAUACUUUUUUCUUUUUUUUUUCCCUCGGUCAGAAGAAACCAAAGCAAACAAACUACCUGUUAACUUUGCAGUGAGAUUUUUCUAAUGCUGCAGGUCAGCAAGUGUGAAGAGGAUUUUUGAUCUAAGAAAAACACCUUUUUGUUUUGCUUUGAAUCUCUUAAUGUUCAGAGAGAAAAAUGUCUUCCCCUCUGCAGAGCUAAUGAUGUCAGUUUAUAAUGAACGGGGUGGUUUGAAUAUUUUUGGUACAGGCUCAUGGGGGAGCUGCUGAAAUAAAGAUCCAAUGUGCGUUCAAAUGGGA